ACAUACACAGAGGAAAGGAAACGGUGUACUUUCCAGCUAGGGUUCCAAAAUACGUACGGGGAUUUCAAUUUCUUCACCUUUAUCUAUCGGAAUAAUCCACUUUACUCACUAUUGCCAUGAUGUUGGUCUGAUCAUAAUCUGAAUCCUAUUAUCUCUCUCUCCUUGUUGCCCUCUUUCUUUCUCUCUCUCUAUAUAUUGGAUUGAUCUGGACUCAAGAAGUUUGUCAAGGAAUCUGGGUUCAAUUGCUCUACUCUUUUGCCAAAGAUUGACAUGAUAAUGAAAAGCAAUAUUUAUCUAUGUAGUUGGGUUACAAAUAAGACCAUUGACUUAGUGCUGUUCUGAAUGGUUUUAAUAUGGAUGUUGAACUGUUUGAUAUGGAGCAUAGGAAGAUGGUAAACCAAGAAAUUAUCGAUGCUGGAAACAAUGGUGAGUCAAGUAUAUUGGAAAAUCUGGAUGUGGAUGGGAAUGACGAGCCGCAUGUUGGCAUGGAGUUCGAUACUGAAGAUGCUGCUAAGAUAUUUUAUGAUGAAUACGCAAGGAGAAUGGGGUUCAGCACCCGGGUAGGUCAAUUUAGCCGUUUGAACUCUGAUGGAAGACUACCUGUUCGGGAGUUCUUGUGUGGCCUGAAAAGACGAUCUGGUGAUAAUUGUGAAGCAAUGCUCCAAAUAGAACUAAAGAGUCAUGAAAAAUGGGUAGUGACAAAGUUUGUCAAUGUUCAUAGUCAUUCAACUCUUCUUAGCCCCAACAAGGUUCAUUAUAUCCGACCACGUCGCCAUUUUGCCGGAGCUUCAAAGAUUAUUACAGAAACUUAUCCAUCUGUGGGCAUGGUUCCUAAUGGUGUUAUGUCUGUAUCAAUGAAUGGAAACAGGGUUGCACCAGAAACCCUAUUUGACUAUAAUCAUGCAAUUGAGAACACUGGGUCUGUAGAUCUUACUGCUAAACCUUCUUUAAGAAGGAGAACACUUGGGAAGGAUUCCCAAAACCUUUUGAACUAUUUCAGGAAAAUGCAGGCUGAGAAUCCUGGGUUUUACUACGCAAUACAGCUUGAUGAAGAUAAUCGCAUGGCUAAUGUAUUCUGGGCUGAUGCAAGGUCACGUUCUGCUUAUAGUCGAUUCGGGGAUACCGUGACAUUGGACACAAUGUACAGAGUCAAUCAGUACAGAGUACCGAUUGCUCCAUUCACUGGUGUGAAUCAUCACGGACAAAUGAUUCUGUUUGGUUGUGCUUUACUUGUAGAUGAGUCUGAGGCUACGUUCGUGUGGCUUCUGAAAACUUUUAUUGCUGCCAUGAAUGACCAAGCUCCUGUCUCUAUAGUGACAGAUAAAGACAAGGCCAUACAGGCUGCAGUUUCUCAGGUGUUCCCUGAAUCAUGCCAUUGUAUUAACAAGUGGGAUAUACUGAGAGAAGGCCAGGAAAGGCUAGCUCUCGUGUGUCAUGCACAUCCUAAUUUUCAAGUUGAGCUAUAUAAUUGUAUCAACUUGACUGAGACAAUUGAAGAAUUUGAGUUAUCGUGGGAAUAUAUCCUUGAAAAAUAUGACCUCAGAAGGAAUGAUUGGCUUCAAUCACUGUACAAUGCAAGAAUGCAAUGGGUUCCGGUGUAUUUUAAGAAUUAUUUCUUUGCUGGAAUCUCUCAACAUCAAGGAUUUCAGACCUCCUUCUUUGAUGGUUACAUAAAUCAGCAGACCACGUUACCAAUGUUCUUUAUGCAGUAUGAAAGAGCUUUAGAGUGUUCUUAUGAAAAAGAGAUAGAAGCAGAUUAUGACACGAUAUGUACCACACCAUUACUUAGGACACCUUCUCCCAUGGAAAAACAAGCAGCUAGUCUCUUUACAAAGAGAAUAUUUUCAAAAUUCCAAGAAGAAUUGGUUGAGACUUUUGUGUACACUGCAAAUAGGAUUGAGGGAGACGCAACUACGAGCACAUAUAGGGUUGCAAAGUUUGAAGACAAUCACAAAGCUUAUAUUGUCACAAUAAAUGGGCCAGAAACAAGAGCCAGUUGUAGCUGCCAAAUGUUUGAGUAUUCAGGCAUUCUUUGCAGACAUAUAUUGACCGUCUUUACAGUAACAAAUGUACUUACAUUUCCAUCUCAUUACAUUUUGAAACGCUGGACAAGAAAUGCCAAAAUUGGGCCUGCAUCGGAUGUACAGCCUGAGCUCCUACGACAAGAGUCUCUAACAUCACGGUACAAUACCCUAUGCAGGGAGGCUAUCAAGUAUGCAGAAGAAGGUGCUAUAGCUCCAGAGACAUUUACUGCAGCUUUGGAGGCUCUUAGGGAAGGGGCAAAGAAGGUGGCUAUAGCAAAGAAAACUGUUACUAAAGUUACAUCUCCUGGUUCACAGGUCAGUGCGAUUAGUUAUGAUGACAAGAGAAGCUCUAAUGCAAAUCAAGACAUGACACCUUUACUAUGGCCACAACAAGAUGAAGUGACGAGGCGCUUGAAUCUUAAUGAUGCUAAUGUUCCUGUUCAAUCUGUAGCUGAUCUGAAUCUUCCACGCAUGUCUCCUGUCUCUCUUCAACGUGAUGAUGGGCAUUCUGAUAACAUGGCGGCUCUCCUUUGUCUUAAGUCUAUGACUUGGGUAAUGGAGAACAAAAAUUCUGCACCUGCAAAUAGAGUAGCUGUUAUCAGUCUAAAGUUGCAUGAUUAUAGAAGGGCGUUACCCGGGGAAUCAGAGGUUAAGUUUCAGCUAUCAAAGAUUACAUUAGAGCCGAUGCUGAAAAAUAUGGCUUACAUUAACAAACAACUAUCUACACCAGGAAAUAGAGUUGCUGUUAUCAAUUUGAAGCUUCAGGAUACCGAGACAACUUCUGGAGAUUCAGAGGUUAGAUUUCAAGUCUCCAGAGAUACAUUAGGUGCCAUGUUGAGAUCCAUGGCCUACAUCCGUGGACAACUCUCAAAUGUGGCUGACAUACAAACAGAGUCCCCAUCAAAAAGGCCAAGGAAAUAAAAUGUUUGUCUGCCUGUCUGUCUCUCUUCAUUGUUCUGGAGGGCUCAUCAUCGCCUUUUCCAGGUAAGGAAUGGAAAGCCUUGCAUGUUUGUGCAUGUAGCUUGCUUGAAGUGAAAGAGAAAUACCCUCCUGUUUUUGGAACUUGUGUCCUGUUUGGUUUACAAAUGCGUAAAAUCCAAAGCUGGAAGAAUGAAAGAAAGGGAGGGCAAUGCAAUUUGGCAAUAUGUAUAUAUCAGUAUGUUUGUUUCAUGUUCUUGUAAAGUUUUGCUAUGGGGUGAACUAUUAUAGGAUCCUUUUGAUGGCAAAGGCCUGAUUUAGCUUUCUUCAAUCUACAUUUGGGAGAGACAUCCCCUUCUGGUUCCAUUUUUU